ACAUCUAUUUGCUUUUCAUUAACAUCAUCUUAGUGAUAAGUUCAUGAGACUGCAUGUUAUUCUUAUAGAAUAUUUUACAUACAUUGAUAUAUCAAUAAUGAUAACAGUUAUGGAUGAUUUGGAUAUGCAUGACAUCGAAAACAAUCAUCUUGAUGAAGAAAAUCAUCAGUUCGGUUAUACUGAUUCAGAGUUUCUUCAUAACGAGGAAAAUCAAUCGGAAACCCAAGAUAUGAAUGACAUCGGAAAUGAUCAUUACGAUGAAGAAAAUCAUCAAUUCAGAUCUGGUGAUUCAGAGAUUCUGGAUAAUGAUGGAAAUCAAUUGGAAAUCCAAGUUCAAAGUGACAAUGUUGCAGCACAAUAUGGCUCUUGCAAACAAUUCAUUGAAGCUGAUGGUUCUUUAUUUUGGAUUCCAGAGGUUGAACCUGGUUGGAUACCUACUUUGGGUUCAAUUUUUAAAGAUAUCAAAGAUGUUAUUAAGUGGUAUAAAGGAUAUGCAUUAAGAUCUGGUUUUGAUAUUAGAAAAUCAACAGAGAGGAAAAAGAGUGGAAUCACAACUUCGAAAUAUUUUAUAUGCAAUAGAGGGGGAUUGCCAAACACUUCUACCUUAGACACAAUUAGUGAUGAUCAUAAUAAGCAAUUGAGAAAUAGUAAUUGUAAACGCACAAAUUGCAAAGCUUUUGUUGCAUUCAAAGCUAUACCACAUUCUUCAGAAGUUUACCUGUGGCGCUUUGAACAACAACACAACCACAAAUUGAUCAAUCAAGAUUGUAUGCAUCUUUCAAGAGCUAAACGUCAGUUGAAUGUUGUUGAUCAAGCUUUUAUACAUAAGCUUUCGAGUGCAAAGGUGGGGGCAACUACAGCAUAUAGACUAAUGUGCGUUAUAAAAGGAGGAUGUGAAUUUGUUGAUGGAAUAGAGAUAGAUUGGAAAAAUUUUAAAAGGGAUAUAAAUUGUCACAUCGGCGGCACUGAUGCAAAUUUGUUGAUUACAAAGCUUCAGAAUCGUAAAGAGAAUGUUACAAAUUUUACAUACGAAUACAGAUGUGACAAGAAGCAGUUAAAUGCUCUCUUUUGGGCUGAUGACACUUCAAAACAAAACUUUGAGUUAUUUGGGGACGUUGUUUCGUUUGACGCAACAUAUCGUACAAACAGGUAUUGUAUGGUAUUUGUACCUUUUACUGGCAUUGAUAAUCACAAAAGGUGCGUCACUUUUGGAGCUGGUUUGUUGUGUAGAGAAGAUACAAAUUCCUAUAUUUGGUUACUUCGGUCAUUCUUGAAGUGUUUUGGAAAAGCACCAAUCAUGGUCGUGACCGAUCAAGAUCCAGCAAUGAAAAAGGCUAUUGAGAUAGUAAGCUGGGAAACAAUGAAUAAAUCAGAUUUUAAGGCGGACUUCAAUAGUAUAGUAUGGGACUCCAAAAUUGUUGUCAAUGAUUUUGAAAUGAGAUGGGAUGCAUUAAUGGUAAAAUAUAAGUUGCAAGACAAUAAAUGGAUGAAAGAUAUGUUUGAUUUGAGAAGCAGUUGGAUUCCAGCCUAUUUUAAAGAUGUACCGAUGUCAGGUCUAAUGAGAACAACUUCUCGGUCAGAAAGUGAGAAUUCAGCAUUCAAUAGGGUAUCGCAUCAUGGUUAUACGUUAAACAAUUUUAUGAAUGCUUUUGAGUCUGUUAUGGAAAGGCAAAGGAAUAAUCAGAUCAAAUUUGAUUUUGAUACAUCUACUAUAAUUCCAAUCAUCAAAACACCUCUUGAAGAUAUGGAGAAACAUGCAUCUAUGGUAUACACCAGGACUAUUUUUCUCAUGGUGCAGAGGGAGAUUCUUCAUUCACUUGUUUCUUGUUCACAGAAGAGUGUUACAUCAGGCGUUGUUUCUGACAUAUGCAUUGUCAAACAUAAAAGGACAAAUAUAUCAAAGAAGAAGGUAGUAGUUGAGAAAAAAGAAAAAGUUGACAUCGAUUCUGAAUGGAAUUUUAACACAAGUGAAGUUGAAUUCAACAGAGAAGAUCUAAUGGUGAAAUGUUCAUGCAUGCUUUUUGAGCGGUUUGGAAUUUUUUGUAGACACAUCUUCUGUAUUCUAAAGAUUUAUGACAUACAAGAGAUUCCGUCAAGAUACAUUCUUAAGAGAUGGAGAAGAGAUAUUAUCCCCACCACAGUUUUGAAAAUGACGUUUAGAUAUAGUGAUUCGUCUGGAAAUGUUGAGAAGGUUGCAUACAAAGCUUUUUCCAUGCUUGAUCAAUGCCUGUCUUCAUUAAGUAAUGAUGACAAGAAGUUAGAAGAGUUCAUGCAGAAGCUUGAAGUUUUUAUGACUGAUAUUGGUGAACAAGGUUCAGACAAAUUAUUGGUUACAAAAGAGGAUCAUAUUGAUAAACUUUACGGAGCUACUACGAAUCCUGAAGUUGUUGAUGUUGAAAAUCCACCUAUGGUGAAGAAUAAAGGUUCUGGUACAGGAAAACGUUUAAAAAGUGCUUUGGAGAAGGCUACUAUUCAAGGUAACAAGCAAUCAAGAUCAUGCAAAACAUGUGGGGUUAAAGGGCAUAAUUCAAGGAAAUGUUUGACAUUGUUGAAUAACUCCAAGGUACAAAGUGCAUAG